GGGAUGGCUUCUUCAAUAAUAUGAAUUUCAUUGAAAAGACAUAUAGCGGUGCUAUUCUUUAGGUUAUUUCCUUAAUGAUAAUGGUAUCCUUAUGCAUGUUUGAAAUCCAGGCUUUGUUCGAUAACAACGUCAUUAGCGUGCUAAAGAUUGAACAAAUGGAUCCACAUGAGAAAAUACAAAUUAACAUUGAUAUUGAUUUCCCGGCAACCCCUUAUGAUGUCAUUUCCCUAGACAUUCAAGAUGAGAUGGGCACACACAUGAAUGAACUCGAAGAAGGAUUAAAAUGGAACAAAUCUAGGAGGUUACAAAGAUAUUGUACAGAAAGCAAUGGGCUUAAGUGAGAAAAAAUUGAAGAUCAACUUAAAAGAGCUCAAAUAGCUUUUGAAACAGGUGGAGGGUGUAAUAUAAUAGGAAAUAUUAGUGUCAACAGAGUUCCUGGGAAUUUCCAUAUUGAAUCCUAUGCUUAUAUGCAACUUCUGGCCAUGCUUGGUCAGCAGAUUAACCUCACUCAUACUAUUCAUAAUCUUAGUUUUGGAAAUAAGAGAGUACUUAAAUCUGUUCAGAAAAAAUUUAAGGAUAAAGCUGGAGAAUUUAUAUCUCUUAUUGGCCAUAAAGAAAUAUCAGAAGAGUUAGGAACAAGCACAAAUUAUCAAUUAAACCUUGUCCCUACUCGCUACAGAGACUAUUUUGGGUUCAAGCAUUCUUUCGUCUAUCAAUAUACAUAUACUGUAGGGUCUGAAAACAUUGGCAACGAAGUUGUAUAUUUCAAAUACUUCAUCAAUGGGAUUACAGGAGAUUAUAUGCAAACAGCAGAUACGUUCCUCCAAUUUAUCAUCGGAAUCUGAACCAUUAUCGGAGGAGUCUUCACUAUGUUUCAUAUUUUGAGUGUAAUGCUGAACAAAUCAAUAAAUGUGCUAUACAAGGAAAGAAUUGGAAAGAAAGAUUAAUAAC